GGAGUUUUCUUUUCUCAUUAAGUUUUCUAAAGUGUGAAAAUUAACAAAUUUCCUCGAGUUUAUCUCGAGUAUCAUUACAUUUAUUGAGUUAAAACGAUAAAUCGUUAUUGAAAUAACAACAUGUCAUUCAAGAACGAUCUUAAGCUUUUGACUAAGCCAUAUUAUUGGAUAAAUAUUCUAUUGUCUUUGACUUAUAUAGUCGCGAAAAAAACACCAGGACUUUGCAGCUAUAUUCAUCCUUAUGUGUUUCCACAAGAAGAGUCAUGUGAAUUGGAUAGUCGUGAAACAGAAAUUCUGUUCUUUCUCAUGAUUGUAGUUAUGCUGCGUUCAAGGAAAACUGGAAGUGUCACAAUGAUUAACUAUUUAACAUCUUCUUUCCUGUAUACGAAGCUAGCAAAUCUCAUUCUGUGGUUUUAUUCGGAUAUUAAAUGUGGAAUUCUUUAUGGAGUUUUAUUCAUUCUAUUUGCUCUCAUUUUACCGGAACCAACCUACUCAGGACCGGAUAAUGUCAUCUAUUUUAGACAACCAAAUAGCUUACAAGAGGAAUUGGAUAGAGAUAAAAGAGUCACUUGGCUAGUUACGUUUUAUACUACAUGGAAUCCAGCUUGCGUCACUUUUGCACCAAUAUUUGCUCAGCUAUCGAACGAGUACAACCUUGAUAACUUCAAAUUCGGUAAAGUGGAUAUUGGUCGAUUACCCGAUGAUGGCAAAAAGUAUCAUGUCUCUGAUAGUUCAUUAAGUCGUCAAUUACCGACAGUUGUUCUGUUUAAGAAUGGAAAAGAAGAAUGCCGUAGACCAUUUGCUGAUGGCAAAGGAAAAUUAGUAAAGUUUUUCUUCUCUGAAGAUAAUUUGAAAGCAGCAUUUGAUUUGACCAGUGUGCAUAAGGAAUGCAAAGAAAAUCCAAUUAAGACUCGCAAAGCAAUCAAAUCUAAUGAUGAGGAUAAAAAGACAAACUAAAGAAAAGCAUAUAAGUAUCGCACAGCAUUUGAGCACACAUGCAUUUCUAGUCGUCUAGAGUUAUUUUUGUUUCAUGUUCAUGAAUUUAUGUUUGUUCAUGUAUGUCCUACUUCAUCCGCUAAAUUCUCAAUUGUUGGAUUUAUAAUUUUAGAAUAAAAUAACGGUUAUUUCAAAAUUUGAA